AGUCUUGGUCAUUUCUGCUAUAAAUCCCUUCCAGAGAGUAAUUGUAGCUAAACCUCACCAAAUAAGCGUCCUAAUGUCUCGUGUUGGAGGCUCAACCAAGUCCCUGGCGAAGCCAAUGGCCGGUGACGACUUUCCAUUUUUUAAACAAAACCAGCCAUUUGAGCUCCAACAGUACCCGAGAACAGAAAAGCCUGUUGUCUCACGUACUCUUGCAGAACUCUUAAUGCGUGUUGAAGAUGCCAAUAGUUCGGGCGACAACACUCCGAUUGAUCAUAGAGUCCUUGAGAUUAGCUACUCUUGCAGUUCCGUGCCAACAUCGCACCCUUUUGUUCUUUCUUUUAACAACUUAACAUACAGUGUCAAAGUUGGUAAAAAACUGGAGCUUCCAUGUUUCGGAAACGGCGCUCUUGAUUCACCAGAGAAGAUUUUGCUCAAUGAUAUAUCUGGGGAAGCCAGAGAAGGUGAAAUCAUGGCCGUUCUUGGCGCUAGUGGGUCGGGAAAAUCGACGUUGAUUGAUGCUCUUGCGGACAGGAUUGCAAAAGAAAGCUUGAAAGGAACAGUGACUUUGAACGGUGAAAUUUUGGAGUCGAGGCUUUUGAAGGUGAUAUCUGCUUAUGUAAUGCAAGAUGAUCUUUUGUUUCCUAUGUUAACCGUGGAAGAGACGCUUAUGUUUUCGGCUGAGUUUCGCCUUCCUCGUUCGCUUUCAAGGAGGAAGAAGAAGGCUAGAGUUCAAGCUCUGAUUGACCAACUUGGUCUCCGAAACGCAGCCAACACAGUAAUUGGUGAUGAAGGACAUAGAGGCGUUUCUGGAGGUGAACGCCGGAGAGUGUCAAUCGGAACUGAUAUAAUUCACGACCCAAUUCUUUUGUUUCUCGAUGAGCCCACUUCAGGCCUAGACUCAACCAGCGCUUUCAUGGUUGUCAAAGUUCUGCAGCGAAUUGCACUAAGCGGAAGCAUUGUUAUCAUGUCUAUUCAUCAACCAAGUUACCGAAUUUUGAGCUUGCUUGAUCGGCUGAUUUUUCUUUCACAUGGCAACACUGUCUAUGGAGGCACACCGGCCAAUCUUCCUGAAUUCUUUUCCGAAUUCGGGCAUCCGAUUCCUGAGAAUGAGAAUCGAACAGAAUUCGCACUUGAUUUGAUUCGUGAGCUUGAAGAAACCCCUGGUGGAACCUCUAACUUGGUGGAAUUCAACAAGUCAUGGCAAAACAGAAAGAAUCCAAGAAAACAAGAAUCCAAGAACACAAACCUAUCGCUCAAAGAUGCAAUAAGUGCAAGCGUUUCAAGGGGGAAACUUGUCUCUGGUGCCCCAUGUGACUCCAGCUCAACUUCUUCAUUUCCAACUUUUGCCAAUCCAUUUUGGAUUGAAAUGAUAGUUAUUGCCAAAAGAUCACUCACCAAUUCAAGAAGAAUGCCUGAGCUCUUCGGAAUUCGCUUGGGAGCCGUUCUUGUAACUGGGAUUAUCCUCGCUACCAUGUUUUGGCAUCUCGACAAUUCACCCAAAGGCGUUCAAGAGCGUUUAGGCUUCUUCGCUUUUGCCAUGUCCACAACUUUCUACACAUGCGCAGAAGCCAUCCCAGUCUUUCUUCAAGAACGAUACAUUUUCAUGAGAGAAACGGCUUACAAUGCUUACCGCCGUUCUUCCUAUGUUCUUUCUCAUUCAAUCAUUUCUCUUCCUUCUUUAAUCUUCCUCUCUCUUGUCUUUGCUGCAACAACCUUCUGGGCUGUGGGCCUCUCAGGUGGUUCAUCCGGGUUCUUUUUUUUCUUCCUCACAAUCUUGGCCUCCUUCUGGGCCGGAAGUUCCUUCGUAACUUUCCUCUCCGGUGUAGUGUCUCAUGUGAUGUUAGGCUUUACAGUCGUUGUCGCCAUUUUGGCUUACUUCCUCCUCUUCAGCGGCUUCUUCAUUUCCCGCGACCGAAUUCCUCCCUACUGGAUUUGGUUUCACUACAUUUCCCUGGUGAAGUACCCAUACGAAGGCGUUAUGCAGAACGAAUUUGAUGAUUCCACAAAGUGCUUUGUGAGAGGAGUGCAGAUGUUUGACAACACGCCGUUGGGGGCAGUGCCGAUGGCCGUAAAACUGAAGCUUCUGAGUAGUAUGAGCAGUGCUCUUGGCGUAAAUAUUACUAGCAACACUUGUGUGACGACUGGGGCUGACGUAUUGGCUCAACAAGGAAUCACAGACCUCAGCAAGUGGAAUUGCUUAUGGAUUACAGUUGCUUGGGGAUUUUUCUUCAGAGUUCUGUUUUACUUUACAUUGUUGUUAGGCAGCAAGAACAAGAGGACAUGAAUGAUUUAAUACAUUAGUUUCUUGUUUAUACAAGAAUUGGUUGAUUUUCAGAGUGGAUGAAGUGUGAGUGCUGGUGGGCAAUUUGGCUUCUUAAUUUGUAAGAUUUUAAAUGGAAGACAGUUUCAUUCUUUGUUUUC